AUGGGCAGCACACAUUCCGCUGAGAAGGUAAAGAGCGUCGAGGACUCGACCAGUCCAGCAAAUCCUGGCAUCUUCUGCACUCCCCUGCCUGGCUUUAUAAGCAAAAUCCAGAGACUCGUCGUCCGCAAGCUGAGCAUCUCGGCCAGGAAACAAAAGCGACUGAGCAAGCGCUCCAAGCAACUCCUGCGCCCCAUGCCCCGCUGCUCGUCCUUCGGAUCCUGCGGCACCCUGCUGACGCCCACCAAGAAGUCCUCAUCCAACACAGCCGAUCGCCGCUACGCCCAAUGGAAGUGCAGUUUCGAGCACCUGGCCCAAAAGCAGCCGCGUCUCCAUGACAUCAGCGAGGCCAUGGCCGGACAGACCACACCACGCGGCUUUCCCUCCCACACGGAUCCCAAGAGGUGUCUGAUGGUGGUGGACUCCAGUUCGCCGGAGUCUCCGCUCUACGACAUGGUCGGUGGGCAGAAAGUCCGCCGUCGCCUGAGUCUGCGCAGCCACGCCCCUGUGCGACGCCCAUCCGCCCGCCAAAAGGCCGAACAGGCCAAGCUGGACGCCCAGUUCCAGCGGGAUCUGCGCGAUCUGGAGGAUUACUAUGGCGGAUUCCACUUUGCCCAGCGCCGCGAGCGAUUGGUGAAGGUUUGA